UCCUCGUAGGCCUCGGCGUCCUUGUCAUCGUUCUUAUUGUUAUCUUGAUCUUUGUUAUAAAUAUGCAAAGUACUAGUACUUCUUCUACAGCUCUUCCUAGCAUAGACACCUCUUCUGGAGUCGUUCUCACGAGCCCGGGAGUAGUUUAUCCUGUGUCACCUUCUUCUUCUCUCACUCCAGCCACUUCUUCCCCAUUCCCUAUAUAUCGACUACUUUCUCAAUUGGAACCUUGGAACUCCACUCAAAGCGUUCAAUCUCAUCGGUUCACUUAUCCUUCUAUUGCCAUCGUGUGUCUUACAAGUUUGUCUUGGGAUUUGCAUUCCAAAAAAAUAGGAGGCAGUGAAGAAGCAGUUGUGGAGUACGCUAAUGAGUUGGCUCAACGAGGAUUCCAAGUGGUGGUUUUCAAUGCCACGAUGCGUGAAUUUCCCGAAUUGAUGAACCCUCUCUACCAGCGGCUUUCUCGCAUCCCCAAAUUUGAAAAUAUCCACUUUGACUUUGCCAUAUCGUGGCGGGUUCCUAAUAAAAUAUCCAAUAUUAAUGCUUCUAAAUGGGUUUUUUGGGCUCACGACUGCUAUGACACACCGCUUCAUCAACUAUCAUCUUACGAUUUGGGUAUUUUCGUCUCUGGAACCCAGCUCAAACAAUUUAUAGAGGUCAAUGGUGGAGAAAAAGCACUACCUAAAAUAAACCAAGUCGUUUAUAACGGAAGUUUGUAUAGAGAUUUCAACCCUCCCUUGGAAAGAAAAAAAAGAAGGUGUAUCUAUUGUUCUGACGUUAAGAGAGGGUUGAAAUUUCUUCUUUCCAUAUGGCCCAGCGUUGUCAAAAAAUACCCAGACGCGGAGCUUCACAUCUUCGGAGGGAUUAAUCCAAUUGACCCAAAGCAGUAUGAAAUUCAGAAUGUAAUAAACUCCACACCCAAUUGUUUUUUUCAUGGAAGAGUGAGCAAUGAGGAGCUUUGCUGUGAAUUCCUGAAAAGUUCCCUUUUUACUUAUCCUUGUCAGUAUUAUGAAAGCUUCUGCAUUUCAGCAGUGAAAGCUCAACAGCAUGGAUGUCUUCCAGUAUGCGUUCUCACGGCUGCCUUGAAAGAGACUGUAUUUUUUAAGUCCUUUUCAUGCGACCAACUGGAAGACUACGAAACUACGCUGUCAAAAGCUCUGGAGGCCGAAGAAAAAGAGGCAGUUGAACUAGAAGCAAGAAGAAGAGAAAUUGCGGCACUGACGAGAAGUACGUGGACGUGGAAAAAUUCAGUGGACCGCUUCUUUCGUCUCUUGGUUAAGGGACAAUCAGUUUAGUUAUAUCUCCUUUGUAAGCAACCGCCGCAAAAAACAACAGCAAAACUGUUACCAACGAAGCCACAAUAAAAGUGUCCAAAGGGCU